GACAAGCGCGAAAGUUAAAUAAAUAUACACAAAUGAAUUAAGGAAGUAUACAUACAGAGAAGGGAAAAUCAAAACAAAACGCAUAUGCAAACCACAAACAAAAACAAACAAAAACAACCCACUAAACAAUCAGCAACACCACUGAUAAAAUUCCCCGCUACCAGGACAAGCGGUCCUGCAGUCUUAAUGACGAACUUUGCGGAGGUUGAACUUUCCUUGGAUCUGAAGCAGAACCUUUGUGGAAAAAAUAGUGAAGUGACCGAGUCUUAUCCGACAGCGGGACGUCUAUUAAAGUGGAUCAACACCCUAUUACCCCAAAUUCAUCGCCCACAAUCGAAGGAGGAUCUUCAGAAAACCAUCGAAAUCUGUGCGUUAAAGGCCUUCAGAACAAUAUUUUUCGAAUGUCAUCGAUGUAUUUCUAUUUUUCUAUAAAAGUCAUAGUAAUUAUCGUUCACUAUUGUUUAAAAUAAAUAACUAUAUUUUUUGUAUAUCAUUUAUUUGCCAAAAAACUAUGUAUAAAUGUGUAACUCUAUUUGUGAAAUAUUCAAUAAAACUUUCAUUUUAUGGAUAUCCUCAAUCCUCCAAUAUACAAAUGUUUUUUCCCAAGUUUUUCUUUAGCUCAAGAAUAAUAACCGUCUGUGUCAUUUAGCGCCUCCCACAUAAAAACCGCAUGAGAAAUCGCCAAGAUAUUGACAAAAUUACAUAUCUUGGCCCAAAGCCAACGGAAAAUCGCUAUUACCCAAAAUAUCCAUUUUCAUAUCUAAGACGGUUAUUUUACUUAAUUUUAAUCGUUUAAAACAUUCCGCAUCGAAAUUGGAUAAGAAAUGGCCAAUAUAGGCAACACACAAAAUUUGAAUUUCGCGCCUCGGCGUGCGCUGUUACUCCCUUGAUUUUAUGAUUCCCAAUCGGUUCUGGCAUGGGGCAAGUAUAAAUAGAAUGUCGUUGCGCCGAAAAUACUUUUUUAAAAACUUAACAACUCGGCCAUUUUCCAUCCGAUUGCGACGGGAGUGGUCUUAAACAAUUCAGGAGAACCAAAUUAAGGGGGCAGGAUGGUUUGAGACUUCAAAACAAUUUUUUUUUCAGAAAUUUUUUAUAUAAUAGAACAUUAUCUUAGGAAUAUCCUGUGAAAGUUUCAUGUCGAUCGGACUAAAACUUGCUGAGAUACCGAUUUUCUAGUUUCUUUCUCUCCAUAACCUUUCCAUUGCUUUUAAAACUUUAGACGCGUUUUUCUCAAAACAGCAUUUUCCAAGUCGGUGCGUAACAUAACUCAAAAAGUAAUGCUCGGAUCUUAAUAAAAUUUUGUACACAUCUUUAAUACAAUAAAUACUUGCGGAUGAACGAACGCUUUUUUUUUUUUAAAUUUUUUUUUACUUUUUUUAGGGGCAAAAAUGGGCGGAUUUUUAUGUAAAAAUGGCACUUUUGACUUUGAAACCGCGCCAAAAAUCCAAAAUUGCAUAUUUUUCAAAAUGGUUUCGUUCAUCCGCACAAGAAACAAAUAUUUUAAGUAAAUCAAUUCAAUUUUUUGAUUUUAGAUAACACUGUAAGGCCAGACUUUACGCACCGCAAGAGACCAAUUUUUUGAAGCGACUCCGGCCGACUGCCGUCACGGAAUAAAUAAUAAUUAUUUCUUAAUAAAAAAUAUUCUUAAAUACUCUACAAAUAUAGCCACUUAUCGUGUAAAAAAAUUGGAUCAUUUCAUUCACUCAGAAAUGAGGAAAAAAAAUCGCAAAAAUGUGCUUUUUUUCAGCCCCUGAAACCAUCCUGCCCCCUUAA